AAUGUUGUCAGUUCAAAACAAAGUCAAAGUUAUUUUUGAUCAGUUCCAAAACAAAAGCAAGGUUGUUUUUCAUUUGAAUAAGGCACAUCCGCGGCGUGGAACGGUCUUGUCCUAUCUUUAGAGUAAACUCAUUGCAUAUAUCCAGGGACAGUCUCCCAGGCUUAUAAAAGCAUCUGGGUCUCACCAGAUUUCCUCGUUAUUCCGUCAAGCUUCCAACGUCUUUGCAUAUCUCAUACAUCUAAUACCCAUCCACACGCACACAACCACCACCCACUUCCAACCAUCAUGCGUAUUCCCGUUGUAUUGCUCGCCCUUGCGGCACUUACGACUGCACACCCCAUCAGUACCCGUCAGAAAAAGUUCUCCAUCCUCGCCUUGGGAGAUAGUUUAACUGACAACGGCAACACCUUCAAACUCACCGGGGGUACCUGGCCCGCUCCCGCAUUUUACUUUAAUGGCCGGUACAGCAACGGUCCAACAUGGGUAGAAUACCUUACAGCCGACCUCGGUAUAAGUCAGGUCAACAGGGCUUUUGGAGGAGCCACAUCGGAUUCGACCAAGAUUGCCGGUGAAGCGCCAUUCGGAAACGUUAUUCCCCAAAUGCCAGGAUUGGUCCAGCAGGCUCAACAGUUCUUGACAAAUCGCGCAGGAGCUAACCCAGCUACGACUUUGGUCUCUGUUUGGAUUGGUGCAAAUGAUUACUUCCAUGCCGCCGAACACGGCCGUGCUGACAUCACCCCUCAAGUGGUCGUCCAAGACACCAUCAACGGAAUGCAAACCCUCCUCAGCGCCGGUUACAAGAACUUUAUGGUCUUCAACCUCCCCCCUGGAAGCCCAGACCUUCCCGUAGUGGCCCACAACACUGAACUCGCAUCCAAAUUAACGGCAUUCGCAGCUGCGAACCCAAAUGCCAACAUUGUCCCCAUUGACAUGCCUACCGUAUUUAAUGGUGUGAUGGCAAACUUGGCUGCUACCGGACAGUUGCCCGCCAAUCUCGAUGUAACAAAGGGCUGUGUCGAUUUGAGAGCCAGCCCUCCCACAAUUUGCUCGAAUCCCAACGACUUUAUUACUUGGGAUGGGAUCCACCCAACCACAGCAAUCCACAAGCAGUUGUCGAAUGCCGUCAAAGACAUCAUGAUGGCAAAGAUUGCCGAUAUUGGUCGUUAAGGGAUCCUGCUGGCGGGGGACUUUUGAUAGUUAGAGACAUAGAAAAAAAUUUAGAUAUUGACUUUUUUAAAUGUCGUUUAGAUGAAUUUGUGUUUAGCAUUAUUUUGAUGUGUAAAACGGAAUAUCAUUUACUUGCUUCUUUCUAUAAGGAUUUCGAUUGAACUCUGGUGGAAUCAAAA